AUGUAUACAAGCUCACUGAAGGUGAACUACAGUAAUCACACAGCGUUCGCCAGCUAUCCGGGUUAUAAUGAAUUCCGGAGUGAGGACGAAAAGAAACAAAUGGUCAAGGUGGAGAGCACAGAACCGGACUCUGAUCGGAAGUCAUCACAAACGCAAACUGACCCCAUAGAACGUCCCAUGGCACGAAGAGCACUUCCAAGCUUUAUUGCUGUACAACCACUGCAAUUGACUUUGCUUCCCAUGCAUGUAAUAGGAGUGUAA